GGGAGGUGGCAAGAACCGAAGCCCCAUCGUCUGUCCCGGCCGCGCUCUCCACGUCCCGCGAAGCAGAAAGCGCCACCGACUCACGAACCCCCUCCAUUUUUCCAACUUGAAUUGUGGGCGGGAACUCUGGGAGCGGAAGAGCGGGUUCCCCGGGAAGAAGGAGCAGACGUCCGGCCGGAAACUCGGCCCGCAGCAGCAGCGUUCCGCGGGCAAGUCGAGGGAUUCAGUGGCUGCGGCGAUGGGGGCGGUGGGCGUAGGGCUGGUGGACUGUCACUGCCACCUCUCCGCCCCGGACUUUGACCGCGAUCUGGAUGAUGUGUUGGAGAGAGCCAAGAAAGCCAAUGUUAUGGCUCUUGUGGUGGUUGCUGAACAUUCAGGAGAAUUUGAAAAGAUUAUGCAGCUUUCAGAAAGGUAUAAUGGAUUUGUCCUGCCAUGCUUGGGUGUUCACCCAGUUCAGGGAGUUUCACCAAAAGACCAAAGAAGUGUCACGUUAAAGGAUUUGGAUGUAGCUUUGCCCAUUAUCGAGAAUUAUAAGGAUCGAUUGUUGGCAAUUGGAGAGGUUGGACUAGAUUUCUCCCCCAAAAUUGCUGGCACUGAUGAACAGAAGGAAGAGCAAAGACAAGUCCUAAUCAGACAGGUCCAAUUAGCCAAAAGACUAAAUUUGCCUUUAAAUGUUCACUCACGUUCAGCUGGAAGACCCACCAUCAGCCUCUUAAAUGAGCAAGGUGCUGACAAAGUGUUGCUGCAUGCAUUUGAUGGUCGGCCAUCUGUAGCCAUGGAAGGAGUAAAAGCUGGGUACUUCUUCUCAAUUCCUCCUUCUAUCAUAAGAAGUGGACAGAAGCAGAAACUUGUGAAACAAUUGCCUUUAACUUCGAUUUGCUUGGAAACAGAUUCACCUGCACUAGGGCCAGAAAAAAAGGUACGGAAUGAGCCCCAAAACAUUUCCAUUUCAGCAGAAUAUAUUGCCCAGGUGAAAGGGAUCUCAGUGGAGGAAGUUAUAGAAGUGACAACACAGAACACAUUGAAACUGUUUCCCAAGCUUCAGUACCUGCUCCCGAAAUAGCUUCAAAACAAAAUCAACUGCAGAGGGCACUGUUUGAGAAAAAUAAAUGUUCUGAUGAAGAGUCUGAACUGAAGAAGCCAUUGUAUCGGGAUUAUGAUUUUAGAGAAAUAUUUUUCUUAGAAGUAAAACUGGGCUUAGAUCCUAAAA